GAUCAAGGUUAAAGUCGCUUUUGUAGUUCAUUGUUCCGUCCUAUAGGGGUCUCUGCAGAUAUUAUAGGUUAUGUCGAUUGUUGAUUGUUUACAUUUUUCCUUUGGAAGGAAUUUGAUACGUAUUAUUUUUAUUGGUGUUCUCCGAUAAGUUAGUUUGUAUCUCAUAUAAACAUAUUUAUCCAGUGUUAUUACAUUCUUACAUUUAAUAUUUUUUCAUCAUUCUUAGUGAACUUCGUUUUCAACUAUGUCGUGUAGGAAAUGCUGCAUUUCAAAGUGUUCAGCAUCUGCACCGCUACACAAAUUUCCAAAUCCUGGAAAAUAUCUACAAAAAUUCAGAAUAUGGGUGCACUCUAUCAAUGACAGGGAUAUCAAUGAAAUGGACCCAGUAAUGGUGUAUCACUCUAAAAAAAUUUGUCAUGAACAUUUCAAUGCUAAAUACCAUUCAUCGAUGUCGAGUAGACUUCAAACAAUGGCUGUGCCUACAUUAUUUUUGAGAGAUGAAAUUGAUCUAUUCAAUCCAGAUCAGCCGUCAACUUCUUCAACCGUGCCAUUGACAUUGGUUUUGGAACCGGAUUCCUCUAAUGAAAAUGCUAUUGGUUGUCUGAUGUCACCAUUUCAGCUCCUGAAGCAUUCAGGAGUUUGUAAGCAGGCAAUCACACCGAGAAAAAAAAAGUUAUAUGCAUCAGUGAAAGUAUUUCAAAAAACAAUGAAUAAUAUGAGGAACAGUAAAAAAAACCUUAGCAAAAGAUUACAUGAAGCUGAAACAUUCAAGGAUAAAUAUGAAUUGGAGCAUAACAUGGAAAAGCUGAAUUCCUUGGCAGCAAUACUGAUUCGAUUGCAAUUUCGAGAAUCAAGUAAGUGCAAGAUUAUCUGUCUGAUACAACCGAGCAAGCAAAGUUUCAACUUCGGAACGUCCCCUGUAGAUAUCGCGAAUAGGAACUGCCCUCGUAUAACUGUCAUGCGGCCGGCGGCUUCCAGACAUCGUCUAUCGGCGAUAUGA